AAAGCUUGAUCUCAUGUUUAGAGUUCUUCAACGCAUGAAACACACCACGUAUUCAUGUUAUUGCUAUUCGCCUUAUUAAUCUUGUUAUUCAACUAACAUAUAAUUGAAUCGCCUCCUCUUUCUACUCAAGGUGUCGAUACCGAUUUUGUAGACCAAUGCCAUACAUUUUUGACGACUUACGACUUACAUGGUAAUUGACCCACGCACUACUUUCAACGCAAGUUUAAGAUAAGCCCCUCCAAGUGCAUAGGUACUUGUAGAGGUCGCAUUCGACUGGUCCAUCGUUGAUCGAUCGAGACUCCGACUUAUAUUGUGGACAUCGUAUUUCCCUUGUAUCCACUUGCUAAAUCUUGCGGAAUAACAUUUCGCACACACAAUUUUUGGCGUGUAUGAGUUAGGUACGAUAUUUACAUGUUUCUCUUACUACUAAUAGACUGGCUAUAACGCACGAUGUACAGAAUACAACUCUGCAACUGUAAUAAUUUGGACCACGCUUCAACCUUGUCCGAGGAUGUUUGAGCCCCGGUGCUCAAAUAUAUGUAAUCAAAUAUUUCCCGACAACAACCUCAUUCAUGUUGUUCUACUUUCUCAACUUACCUAUGCAUCGUCUUCAUAUUAAUGUUUGCCAAUAAAAUUUCAAAGGUUAUUUGAUCGGCUGGCAGCAAAUUGUGACAGAAAAUAUAUACGAUGUUUUAUUCAAGGCUCAAACGAGAUCGCGUGAUCAAGUCAUGCGUGACAGUUCGAUUUAUUUAUUACUCGGAGAGCACAGUCGUCGGGUUAUUUCUACCGUCCACAUCUUCCAAUGCAUUAUAUCAUUCUAGUUGUGGUCAGACAAUGCGAGCAAUAAUUCCCUUUGUUACAGACAGGCAUAUAGGUAGAGUACUCCUAUAGUAUGCUAUAAUAUAAUACCAAAUGGACAUAGAAGCUUUGCUAUGUGGCUAGAUAGAUUGAAUAGGAAUUGGUUUUCACAAUACAGCAAUAGUAGUGGUGGUUUCGAGUUCAGCAUAGGUUAGUUUGGCAUACUUUAGUUUACUUUCCACUUUACUAACUUUUCGCUUGAAGUAGCUUAGUUAAUAAGUAGUAGUAGCUUGGUAAUUAACAACAUAUCGCGCACGUGACACUUGCGAUGGGCAGUAGAUUCAAUGGAGAAUGGGUUUGCUCAAAAGAUGAAAACUUUGACGAGUUUCUAAAAAAAUUAGGUGUCGGAAUGAUAGCUCGGGGAAUGGCGAAAACUUUAACAACAACUCUGAAUAUUCAGAGUACGGACGGACAAAAGUUCACAGUUAAAUCAACGACGGGUCCAAAAACAAGAGAAGUUACAUUUGAAAUAGGGAAAGAAAUACAAGAAUCAUCUACUCUGGGCAAGCCUAUGAAGGGUACGUGGAAUUUAGAAGGCGACGACAUGGUGGGAGUAUUUAUGUCCGUAGAUGGCUGUGGUGAUGCAAUUACUAUAAAGAGAACAAUACAAAAUAAUCAACUUAUCCAGAAAAUGCAGAUUGGAUCAACAGAAUGCACAAGAUAUUUUAACAAAAAAUGACAUGCGCAAUUGAUUAUAAUUUAAUAUUUCUAUUUGUGCUUCAUAUAUAAUAUUAGUUUGUUAAUUCAUGAACUAUUGUGUGUGGCUGCUUUUGUUUGUGAUCAAAUUCGCGACUGGACCCUGUUUUAAAUCUCGACACCUCUGGAAUAUUUCGUUCUUCCAUGAACGAAACAAAAAGUUUUUGUGCCAUGUACAAGUCUUGGUGCCGGGUCGCCUCUACUGUUUUUUUGUUUUGAUGUCAUUUUAUAACAUCCUCAAAGAAUAAAUUUAUAACUAUUAUUGAAAUUGAUUUACUUAUAAUAAUUUCAUGUUGUCUGACGCCUCAAUUGCUGUUGUAAACAAAUGGAAGUCGUAUGGCUCUUUACCAAUAAAAAAUAAUCUAAACAGGA